AUGGUAUCUCACCACAUCCGUUCUUCUAGUUAUCCCUCGAAUUCUUACCCAAUUGUUGAUCAGUUGGAAGAACAAUUGUGCAGAUUAAGGUCAUGUCAAGCUGCCUCGACUUCAUCAGUCACCAGCAAACUUACAGGCCUUGAAGAUUUAUACAAGUGUGCUGAUCAAUUUCUGCAACUACCUCUGAAUCAGAAAACAGUAUGCCAAACUCAAAACAAAAAUUGGGUUGAGGAGGUGUUAAAUGGAUCUUUAAGGCUACUUGACAUCUGUGCCACCUCUCGAGAUGCUCUAGUACAGUCUAAGGAGCGCCUGCAAGACAUACAAUCAGUGGUACGAAGAAGGUGCAGUGAUGAAAUUGACACUAGCAAUGAAGUCGUUGAAUACCUUAAAACACGAAAGACAUCCAAAAAGAUAAUCAAGAAGUGCUUGAAAGAUAUCAAGGAAGUUGACAGAACUAAUGAGACGAAUGCCACUGAGAGCAUGCUAACAGAAGUGCAAGCAUUGACAGUUGAUGUUUUCAAGUCCUUGUUGUCCUACAUCAGUGGAUCGCAGAAAGGUAGCUGGUCUUUCUCAAAACUUGUCAUCCAAAGAUCCGAGAAGGAAACAGAAGCAUCCAUCAGUGAAUUUGAAGUUGUUGAUGCUACUCUAGAGCUGAUGAUUAGCCAAAAAAAGAAAGUAAAUGUUGAUAAGUCACAAAUAGUGAAAUUAGAGUCUGAAGUUCAAGAAAUCGAUGAAGUGUUAACAUGCUUAUAUAGGCAUCUGGUUAGGACCAGAGCAACUCUCCUCAAUGUUCUUAGUAACUAG